AUGCCUGUCUCACCCUCUUCGGCUCGUCCGCCUCCCCUCUCAUCUGAGCGUCGGAAUUGGAGGAGGUUAUCAGGCUUAUCUGUCGUCUCACCGAUCCACGAGCGCCCGACCCCGGAAAAUGGCCAGCCCUCCGCUAUCACCGAGGAGAUCAGCGAAAUCAAGCGCUACGAAGAUUUCACAACCAUUGACUGGGUGCAGGACGCGGUUCACGAGCAGGCACGUCGGAGAGCUAAGCGACGAGAUGGAUCUGGGUUUUGGGACCAGGAAGGAACCUUUGGAUGGAGACGCAAAGUGCGCGAGUCCUACGAUGCCGGCCAGGCGUGGCUGGUGAUCACAAUUGUGGGGGCGGCCAUUGGGUUGAUAUCGGCGAUUUUGAACAUCAUUACGGAGUGGCUGUCAGAUGUCAAGCUGGGGCAUUGUACCACUGCGUUCUAUCUCAAUGAACAGUUUUGUUGUUGGGGUGCUGAAGGAGGGUGUCCGGAGUGGAGGCCUUGGACCUCUUACUGGAUCGUGAACUACUUCAUCUACAUCUUCUACGCUGUACUGUUCGCGUUCGUCGCCGCAAGCCUCGUCAAAUCGUUCGCGCCGUAUGCCGCAGGUUCCGGAAUUUCUGAGAUCAAAUGUAUAAUUGCGGGGUUUGUGAUGAAGGGAUUCUUGGGCGCAUGGACGUUGCUGAUCAAGUCGAUCGCACUGCCGCUGGCCAUUGCAUCUGGUCUGUCCGUAGGGAAAGAGGGCCCAAGUGUGCAUUUCGCUGUGUGCACGGGGAAUGUCAUAUCGCGGUUUUUCAGCAAAUACAAGCAGAAUGCAUCCAAGACAAGGGAGGUCUUGACGGCAACAGCAGCGGCCGGAGUAGCAGUCGCAUUUGGCAGUCCCAUUGGCGGGGUGCUGUUCUCUCUCGAGGAAGUGGCAUCUUACUUUCCCCUUAAGACUCUAUGGCGCAGUUAUUUCUGUGCCUUGGUUGCGACUGGUGUGCUAGCGGUCAUGAAUCCAUUCCGGACAGGGCAACUAGUCAUGUUCCAAGUGCAAUAUGACCGUACCUGGCACUUCUUUGAGCUGAUUUUCUUCGUCUUGAUCGGUGUCUUUGGUGGCUUGUACGGCGCCUUUGUGAUCAAGUGGAACCUUCGGGUGCAAGCGUUCAGGAAGAAGUACCUGUCGCAGCACGCCGUCAUGGAAUCCGUUGUCCUCGCCCUUAUCACGGCUAUUCUGUGCUACCCGAAUAUGUUCCUGAAGAUCAACAUGACGGAGAUGAUGGAGAUCUUGUUCCGGGAAUGCGAGGGAGGGCACGACUAUAACGGCUUGUGCGAGGCUAAGAACCGCUGGUCUAUGGUGAUGUCGCUGGCUGUAGCUACCAUUCUUCGCAUCUUCCUGGUCAUCAUAUCAUAUGGCUGCAAGGUCCCAGCUGGUAUCUUCGUGCCGUCAAUGGCCAUCGGGGCGUCCUUUGGCCGGUUCGUCGGUAUCCUCGUUCAGGCGCUGCACGAAGCGUAUCCGAAGUCGCAAUUCUUUGCGUCCUGUGAGCCAGACAUUCCAUGCAUCACACCAGGAACGUAUGCUUUCCUGGGGGCGGGCGCGGCUCUCAGUGGUAUCAUGCAUUUGACGAUCUCCGUGACGGUCAUCAUGUUCGAGUUGACAGGUGCCCUGAACUACAUUCUUCCAACGAUGAUCGUCGUCGGCGUCACCAAAGCCGUCAGCGACUGCUUCGGAAAGGGCGGCAUCGCCGACCGCAUGAUCUGGUCCAACGGCUUCCCAUUCCUCGACAACAAAGAAGACCAUGUCUUCAACGUACCAGUCUCCCAAGCCAUGACAUCCGACCCAGUCUCACUGCCCGCAUCGGACUUUCCCGUCCGCGAAGCCGAGCACCUACUAAGCGAUAACAAAUAUCAAGGCUUCCCCAUCGUCGACGACCGGACCCGAAAGACACUCGUGGGAUACAUCGGCCGUACGGAGCUGCGCUACGCAAUCAACCGCGCCAAAGCCGAGGGGCCGCUAUCGCCCACAGCAAAAUGCCUCUUUACUAAAGAAGCAGCCGAGGCAUCGGUAACACGCAGGGCAUCGACAGCAUCGCAUCUCCACGCGCCGGAGACAUUCGACGACAUCCAAACGAACACGGGGGCCGACUACGUCGACUUCAGCCGAUACGCGGAUCACACGCCGCUGACUGUACACCCCCGUCUCGCCCUUGAGACAGUAAUGGAGAUCUUCAAGAAGAUGGGACCGCGCGUCAUCCUGGUCGAGCAUCGCGGUCGUCUGAUGGGACUUGUCACCGUCAAGGACUGCCUGAAGUACCAGUUCAAGGUCGAAGCCGAGGAACAGGCACUCGCGGCGACCAGCCCACCCCAACUAGCUCUGGGGGGAAGUAACGGCCGAAGCAGUGGUGACACGUUAGAGGAACGGCUGUGGAACCUCCUCCAGCGCAUCGGGUCUAUACUGCCGUGGCAGCACACCCAACCACAGCAACAACAACAACAACCACCCCGACGACGGGACACCACAGCCCCCGAGCAGCACCGAGACGCGGAUACCGCUCCCAACGAAGCAGACGAGACAGACGCCAUGCUGGAAUUAGAAGAGCGUUAA